AUGGCUAUUCGAGUACCAGGAAUCAUGCAUGCUAAGCAGAUCUUGCGCCAGUCGAGCUUGUUUGCGAACAAGGCAAGUUCGACGUCCUCAUCAGUGGGAGUUCCGAAGGGAUACGUCGCUGUGUACGUCGGAGAAAGCGAAAGGAAGCGAUUUGUGGUUCCGAUAUCGUUUUUGAGUCAGCCUUUGUUCCAGGAGCUGCUAAGUAAGGCGGUGGAGGAGUUCGGAUAUAACUACCCGACGGGGGGACUCACGAUUCCUUGCAGAGAAGACAUCUUCGUCGACCUCACUUCUCGACUGCAUGGAUUGUGA